UCCUGUUCACCGAUUGGCUGGCUGUCACCUCGAAACCCGCCUUCCACUCGCACCCCUCGGAGUAAGAUGAGUGAAGCCGCAGCCGGGAUCGCUAAAUCAUGGCAACAUUUAUGGAACGACUGGCUUUUCUUCAGAAAGUCCCAACUCUGAUGAAGGCCACAGCCGACGAUGAGACCCCCUGUCCCGGCUACCUUUUCCAAGACAUCGGAAAAAUCUCCCACGAGUCUUCAAGCUGCGGUCAGUGUCUGCUGGAGUACCUUCUGGACAGGUUACAGGUGGAGUCCUGUCAUGUCAAACUCAAGGUGCUGAAGAUCUUCGUCCAUCUUUGUGGUCAUGGCUCAAACUACUUCCUCACAGAGCUUCGAAGGAACUCCACGUUCAUCCAGCAGGCAUCAGUUUACAGCGGGCCUCCGGACGCCAUCCACGGAACGGGAUUGUACCAGAAAGUCCGAAAUACGGCACAGGAAGUGGCCAGGUUGCUUUUCACAGAUACAAUCUCCACCAAAGACGGCGUCGCCCCGCUCCACCUAGCCCCGCCCACAAUGGGAAUGGGCUCGACAACUUCCCACAGGUCAGGAAUGCAGGGCUUUGGAUACAGUCCGGGGAAGCAGGGGACCGGAGGCGGCGACUCUCUGCUGGAGAAGAUCCAGAAAGCUGCAGAGGUCGUGGCCAGUGCCGUCCUGCCCCCCAGCGAACACCAGGGCAUCCGUCUCCAUGACAACUACUACCGGGCCGUACUCGCUCCGUCCGCGCCCAUCGAGGUGGCGGUGCCCGCGUGUGCCUACAACCUGCCGGCUCGCGCACCACAAGCACCGCGUGUCCUCACGGCAGCGGCGGCCCAGCGGUGUCCGGGGCAGGUGGGGGGCGGCUGGGAGGAGACCGACAGCGGCAACAGCUCCUCUCACAACUCCUCUCAGGACAUCGCGGCCAACAGCAGGGCGUCCGUGGGCAGCAAGUCAGCUGGUAGCCAAUCGGGGGCCAGCAGAGGGAGCAGCGGGGACCCAUCGGAGAGGGUGGAGGCCCUGCAGCUGGGGGACUGCGGCCUGGAGAUGGCGUUGAUCAGCAGACUGACGGAAGGAUCCAGAGUUUUCCUGUCCAGAGAGGAGAGCCAGCACUUCACUAAAGAGUGCUCCGUUCUCAACUGUGAGGUCGUGCUGGAUUUGCUCUCAAGCAAACUUCAAGAUCCCUCAAACACGGUUAAGAUGCGGGCCUUGUGUGGCGUAUCAUGCCUCCUGACCUCCGACCUCCUUUCGUUGGAACAAAUGUUUGGCGCUACACAACGAAGGCUCCGCCCCCUGAGCGAGGGGGCUCCAGGACCUGUGGCCAACAAAGCCACCAAGAUCCUGCGUCAGUUUGAAGCUCUGAUGGGCGGGUCUGGACACGCGCCGAGGCCGCACACGGCGAGCAGCGGCCAUCAGGCCACAACUAAUCUGCUCGCCACGUCCGCACACUUGGACCCUUUGGUACCAAACCUCUCUGCUGGCAGAACCGACGACGUCUCCCCCAGAGGUGUCCCCCAACCACCAAACCACCCAACUCCCCCCUCUGGUCGGCAGAGCGACCUCUCGGCGGAGCUGAUGAGUGACGGCGACGGGGGGGAACUUCCUGCCGCUCUGCACCGGUUAACGCAAAACCAGUCGGAGCCCGUCCGGCCCGCUGAGGGGAAAUCGGGGCCUGAGGUUUCGGAGCUGCACACGAACGGGAGCUCUCCCGGUCCCGCUGGGCGCCGGGGGGAGCAGGUCCGUCCGGGCAGACGCUCCCUGUUCAGCGGCAUGGAGCUGGUGACUAAGGGGAGCUUCACGAGGGAAACGCCCCCUCCGGCGAACGCAGCCGCACACAACGGCCUCUGCGCCGCCAGCGACGAGGCUCCUUCGGCCGGCGUCGGCAGCCAGCCGCCGUCGGCCUUCUCCUUUCUCAACUUUUGACCAACGUCGUUUGGCUGAAACUUUUGCGGUUAAACUAAUGAUGUCAUCACGUGUACACUUUUAGAAAUCGAUUUAAUUUUAUAAACCAGGAUCCGAUCAGUUGGCUCAGAUUCUUUCGAUGUGGAAGCUGCUGAUUGUGUGAGCGUCUCACAUUUAGGACGCUGCUGUCCCGUGUGAGCGCCGUGAGAAACUGUUAUUGGUUUUGUUUGGAGUCUAAAGUGUGAAACGAGAUUUCUUGCCUUGAACUACAGCUUAUUAUUAAGUUUAUUUUUCUCAGGAUUCUUUUUAGCGAAGUGAAACUACUCUUCUUCCUCGUCAGCGCGUCUUAAACCUCUGAGGGAGAAUCCCUCCAUUUGUAAUUUGCACUACUGCUGCUCAUCCAACUGUCCCAUAAACCUACAAAUGAGUGUUCUUCCAUAUUUUUGGUACUUGAUAUUGACAGCAGAGUAAAUCUGAGUGGUAGUUUUAUUUAUUGUAUUGAUUUAAAACAAACCCAUGGGAGUGGUUGUAGAGUGCAUGAUUAAAGAUAAGUGGAUAUAAUAUGGAGUUCCUUUCUGAAGUGUUUUGUGUGCAUAACUUGUGUGGUAUUGUUUUAAUAAAACAUCUGCCCGAUCAGCAUAAUGCAAAAUAACUAUUUCAGGAGCUGCUGUUCGUGGAACCGACUGAAGGCAGAUUACUUUCUCUGUUUGUUCCAUUCUGCCGUGUGGAAUGUAGAACACGGGACAAACGUGAUCCAACCGGCCGACGUGUCCGAUGAACGCUGAUCGUGUCUCCUUUCUGCAGCUCAGACAGAAGAACAAUAAAACCUGCUGUAUUGUUGCAGCACUAACUA